AUACCAUCUAUAUUGCCUGCUUUACAGAGGAAUAAAUCAUAUCUAAUGAAGAAACUAACCCAAACAACCAGUGAUCACAAGGGUAUUCUAAUUCCAUUCUUAUUUUCCGAAUCUGCUCGACGUCACUCGAGCGCCAGUCUUUUGUUUCCCAGCUCCUUAUACUUUUUCGCUCGCACCAAAUCUACCGAAAACAUCUCAUCCUCCGUCACUGCGUUGAUCAUAAACGUCUCUUCCGAUACCAACCCGUAUUAUCAUCUGUUAUCCGAGCAUAAUCGUGAAACAAGAACGUCGAGAGGAGCGAGAAAAGAGGCGAGAAGAGGCGAGGAGGAGUGCGCACGCCCCGCAACCUCCGCCAUAUUGGAUCCCGGCGUUGCACACGGCACUCAAGGUGAAUGUCGGGUCUGGGGGGCUCCGGUAGGGGAGUAGGUGAGGAGAGUAGGAGAGGAGGAGACCUCGGUACCCGCAUCACACGCACCACGUCGCUGCUGCCAACGCCAUCAGAAGCCACCACGUCGCUCGCUGCUCUUGCUGAUACUACUGCUGCUGCCGCCGUCGUAGCUGCCUCUGCUGUUACCGUCGCCGUCGCUCUUUCUACUGCUGCUGUCGCUGAUUUCGUCGCUGUUUCUGUCGCCGCCGCGUCUGUUGUGCUCCGUGAGCAGGUGAGCCCAGGCAGCGCGUCGCCCGUGUCACGCUCCGGUGGCUUUUCAGAUGGCGAAAGCGGCGAAGUCGUGGCGCAUCGUGGUACUGCUGGUGCUGCUGCUGUCUCUCGCCGUCCUCUCGUCGCCGCCGCCGAGCCCUUCGCCAAGGCCGUGCCCUACGCCCUCUGCCGUGGGCACUCCCGCUGAGCGCCAGGCCGCUUUCGAGAACCCACACCUGAGAGAGCUCUUCCGCAGGUACGGCCAGGGGGACGUCCUCACCCCCGAGGGCCUACACAAGCUCCUGCUCAGCCUCGGCCUCCACUUCGAGGACGACAACGACCAUCCCCAACACACCCACGACCACCAGAACCACCCCGACGCCGCUCUCGGCUCACCGACGACGAGGAAGGACGACCCGGAGGAGGAGGACCACUUCCACGACGACCACCACCACGCACACGAUGACCACGUGACCCACGAUCACAGCCCGGACGACCACAACCGGAGGCAGAAGGACCACCAGACGGACAGCGACGGCCGCAACCACGGCGAUGAGCCCAAACUAGACGGCAGGGCGGACGACCCGUAUUCCACCGUCGUCGUCGUCGACCACCCGCGCAGCAAUCACCUCGGCGACCCGCACGACCUCCUCGGCGGCCACAUCGACGACCGCUUCCACGACGACCAUCGCCACUCCGAGGAUGGGCAUCUAGACAACAACCACCAUCGGGACGGUCACGCGGCGCCGGACGACUCUCUCGCGCGCCGGUCGUCGUCGUCGUCGUCAAGGUCCUUGCGCGAGAGCGACGCCACGGGUUUAGGCGCCAGAGCUCGUGCCAGGUCAAGACGGACCGGGACACCACGCGACCAAGGCACUGCGAAUGCCACGAGUGACCCGCAAGCCUCGUCACGUGCCAAUCCUUCAGUGCCUGCACCCUCGACGCCCCUGCCCCCUGCCUCUCCUGCCGCUGCAACGACAGCUGACCCUCUGAAUAUUACUACGGUUGCCACGCGACGUCCAGCUUCCCCCAAGGUGUUGUUAACAGAACUAGGCGAAGGAAAUAAAAGUAAAAGGGAAGUGAGCAAGAAGCCAUAG